AUGGGAAAGUAUAACAUCAUAAAAACUCUGUUUUAGAUCAUCUUUUAUGAAGACAAGAACUUCCAGGGUCGCUCCUAUGAGUGCAGCAGUGACUGUGCUGACCUGCACUCUCAUUUCAGCCGCUGUAACUCCAUUCAGGUUAAGAAUGGAAGCUGGAUGGUGUAUGAGCGACCACACUUUAUGGGUUACCAGUACUUCUUGAGCAGGGGCGAGUACACUGACUAUCAACGAUGGAUGGGUUUCAAUGAUUGUGUCAGAUCCUGUCGAAUGAUACCACAACACCAGGGAUCCUACAGAAUGAAGAUCUAUGAACGUCCAGACUUUGGCGGUCAGAUGAUGGAGUUUACUGACGACUGUCCAUCCAUUUAUGAACGCUUCCGCUACAACGAUAUCCAUUCAUGCAAUGUACAAGAUGGAUACUGGAUCUUCUAUGAGCACCCCAAUUACAGAGGGAGGCAGUACCUCCUGAAACCCGGAGAAUAUAAGUGGUACAGCGACUGGGGUGCUAGGACUUCAAAAGUUGGUUCUUUCAGGCGUAUUACCAUCUGAUUCUGACAGGAUUCUACAGGGUAGAUCUGAAAGGAAAUAAACAAAGAAAAAUGUUCUUCUCUUAUUAAUAAUGACAUUUACUAUUAAAUAUGAAAAUAAAGAAAACAUGAUUGACAUGUGACUUCAGUUCAUACUGUGGAACACAUCAUUCAUGUACAUACAGUCUUAUGAAUUAACUUUUGCUGCACACGCUCCUCAGUUUUAGGAUGAACAUAACUUGUUUACUUGAUCAACUUUUAAGAUCUGUAGACUUGAGCUGAUGAUAUUUCUGUCCUUUUGUUGGGUAUGUUUUUGCUGUAAUAAAUGUUAACUUUUUGGAAAGAAUA